AGGGUAGUGGCCUAGUGGAUAACCCGGUAUUCCACACGUUAAUGGUGAGGGAUGCCAAACAAAAAGCAGACCCUUCUGCUGUACGGAAUGAAUAAUUUCUGCAUGGCAUAUUGCCAUUUUCAUACAACCCAAUUCCCCUUCUUCUGCAACACCGCAGCUACCCAAAGUUGCAUCAUAGACCUCUCCUCCAAUGGCAUAUUUUUUUUAUUUUUUAUAUCAAUGUAUUAAAAGAAAAACCCCCCGAAAAGAAUCAAGAAAUCGACCCGUUGCACAUUUUCCUUGACAAUCUCCUCUGCGGCAGGAGGCAGCUAAAGCGACACUCUCUUCUCCAGUUCUCACAAGCUUCACAGUAAUGGCUCCCCGAGGAAGACCCAGAAAAAGGUCAACAAGAAUGUACGCAGCGAUUGAUGCGAUGCGGAAUCUGGGUUUCGACGAGGAAGUCGUUGUCCAAACGGUGAAACAACUUCUCAAUAUCUACGGUGGAGAAGAUGGUUGGCCAUUUAUUGAGGAGUAUGGGUACAAGGAGCUCAUAGAUGCAAUUCUUCGUGAUUCAGAUACAUCUAGAGAAGGAAACUUGGAGAAGGUUGCCAAGCAAGGCCUAACAUCUCGGUGGGGGGAACACUGAAAGUAAAAGUAAGAAUGAAUCUUUGCAAAGUGAAGCACCUAAUGCAAGGGCUGAAGAUGUGGCAGGAUCAUCAUCAAACACUGCUCCAGAAAGGGUAUGCUCAGAAGUUGGUGAUUUUGCACCAGAAGGAGAGAACAUCAGCAUUGUCAAAUCACCAUCUUCAAGUACUUGCACUACUAAUGUGAAUGCUGAAUAAGCCAAUCAUGGGUACCAAAUGGAUCCUAAGAAUGCAUCAACAGAUUUGGGAGGUUGUGCAUAACGAAACAUGUGAAUCAACUUGUAACUUGUUUAUCCAACCAAGGACAUAUGCCCCUUGUCAGUGAGAAUGAAAUCGGUGUAAAAGAAAUUGGGGAGUACCACAGUGACCAAUCAACCUUGAUUCUUAAGAAGAGGUCUAAACAUAACUCCAUUUCAUGUGACCAAACAACCAUGAACCUCAUGGCCAAGAUAUCUGCUGUCCCAGCCCCACUUGUGCCUCCUUUCAAGAUUCAAGAGAAUCCAGUGUGUGAGAAGAAUCUGCACCAUGCCACAACAGCUGAAUGCCUUCUGUCUUCUCGUUCUUUGCGGGCCCCACAUACCAAAAGCCCCAUGUCUACGCAUUCUUCGCGGGCCCCACAUACUAAAAGCCCCAAUUCUACGCAUUCUUUGCGGGCCUCGCCUGUUGAAUGCCUUGUGCCUACGCCUUUUUCGCGGGUCCCACCAGUCGAAUGCCUUGUGCCUGUGUCUUCCUCGCGGGCCCUGCCUGUUGAAUGCCUUGUGCCUGCGUCUUCUUCGCGGGGCCCGCCUGUUGAAUGCCUUGUGUCUGCAUCUUCUUUGCGGGCCCUGCCUGUUGAACGCCUUGUGUCUGUAUCUUCUUCGCAGGCCCCGCCCGGUGAACGCCUUCUUUCUGCGUCUUCUUCGAGGGCCCCGCCUGUUGAACACCUUGUAUCUGCACCUUCUUUGCAGGCCCCACCUGUUCAUCCCCCCAAAGUUUCUCCACAGCCGGUUACUUCUCAUCCGCCAAGGAGACGCUUCCCUUGUUAUGGUUGGAUCGAUAGCGAUGACGAGGAUGAACCCGAACUCGUGUAUUUGCCACGAGUGGGGCCCGCUGAUUGUCCGACACAGUUUAGCAGGCAUGGAACGAACAAGGAGGGGGUUAAACGCCAAUCAAGGUGGGAUCAAAAACCUGAAAAUGUCUAAUCUCUAAAGGCAGUCUCUUGACUCUCUUCUACAAUGCUUCUAACUCUAUGAACACUAACUAAUGUAAAUAAGGUACUAGUGUACUACUUCAAGAGUUGAAUAGUUUUGAUUGCUGUUUAUUCAGAUGAUUGUGGGAAGAUGAUAUGUGUAUAUCUUCCUCUAUUAGGACUGCUGCUCUUUAUGAGGUGCUUCUGUUUCUGUGGUCUCUUCAUUUUUAUUCGUAGCAAAGCUUGAAUGAGGGAACAGUGUGCGUAGUUCAGUACUUAAGUACCAUCUACAUGCAGGGGCGGAUCAGGGGUAACAUCGUAAACGAAUC